AACUUUAAGUAUGAAGACAAUUAGUCAGUGAAUUUAAAGUCAGGUUAAAAGUAAGAAUGAUAUGAUAAAGAAAAAUAAACAUAUGUAAUUAUUAUGCAACUUCAGUACUCAAUGAAUUUUAGGGCAGGUUCAAAAAAUAGGACAAAAUAAUAAGGAAAAAAAUAACCAAUAAACCAAUAAACUUUAAUAAAAAAGACAGUAAUUUAGAACUUAAUGAAUUUAAGGUCAAGUAUAAAAGAUAUCAAGAAACCCAAAGUAAACAUUCUUUUUUCUCCAAUGUUUAUUUGUACUAAGAUAUACCAGGAAGAAUAAUACAAACAUUUAGAAAAAAAAUCAGAUUAGAAAAAAACAACUUAACUCUGGAGGGGUGUAGAUAGAUAUAUAAGAACGGAGAGGUUGAGAAAGAGAGGAAAAAUAUAUUGAUCGUGAAAUCGUAAAACAGUGAACGGUGAACAGUAUGAGCGUACAAGAUCAUGAGAAGAAGUAGUGCAUCUAGAGGUUAUGAAACGGCAGCCGUGCAGUAGAAUGGAUUAAUACUCCAGUGGUAUUUUCUGAUAGAACUAAUGAAGGUAGAAACAUGCCAGAUCAUCUGUUCUACCAGCACAGCACAACCAACAUUUGAACACAUCCCAAAAUUUUACCUCCAAUUCUCUUCAUUCAUAAAUAUCAGCAGAAAGUUUUGGAAAGAGACGGACAAUCUGAUUGGAGGAGAGACACACUUUGAAAAAAAGUUACAGUUAAUUUGAUUAGAAGAAAUAAUAAUCAAUAUAGAAGAGGACUUUUGGUUGGACAUUGAAAAAAGAGUGAAAACGUUUGAUUGGAGGAGAGUUUAAAGUAACAGAAGUUUUGAUUGGUUGAAAGAAAUAGGUAGAAAAAUAUGGAUUUACCCGUCCCAACUAAGACAUCAACAGAUGGUCAGGCACCAGGCUUACCAUUAAGGGAUCUUGGUUCCUUUGUGCAUUCAUCAACUGUAAGCGAUGCUGAAAUUAAAGAUCAUAGGUCCGCAGACACAGUUUAUGUCGGGCUUCAUCUCCCACGGCAACGUCGCAGUCGGCAAAAGCGUGGCCACAAGAGGAAAUCAUCGCAGCCGCACCUGGACGCUACGCCAUCAAUGACUGAAGGUGGUAGAAACAGUCCGAGAAUUGGCGGCAUUAGCAGACGCGAGACAUAUCAUGGUCCCAAACAUAAACACGAGGAAAGCCCCCUAAAUCGCAGCCGUAGUCUCUAUGGUAACACGAUCUUAUAUUUUUCUUAUAAGCAUGGAGUGAUAACGAUGUGAACGAAAAUUACCCUA